AUGGGACUACUGUCAGAGCGUAACUUGAUAGAGAUAGUGAAUGUCCUGGUAGAGUCCAGAUUGCUGGAGGUGGUGUACACGGCAGACGGUCGGGAGUACCUCACUCCUCAACAGGUCAUCAAGGAGAUCAGGGAUGAACUGUACCUGCACGGAGGUAGAGUCAACCUUGUGGAGCUACAACAGCUCAUCAACAUAGACCUGAGCCACAUCGAGAACAAAGCUUCCGAGGUGGUCAGGACGGACAAGGAUUUGGAGCUGGUUCUGGGACAACUCAUAGACAGGACCUACCUGGACAGCUUGGCAGAAGAGGUCAAUGACCUCCUGCAGGAGAAUGGCCAGGUCACCAUAGGUCAGCUGACCAAGCAGUACGACCUGCCCAGUGACUUUCUGAUGGAGGCCGUGUUGGAGAGACUGGGGACCAUCAUCCAGGGACAGAGUGACCCGUAUGACAAGGGAGUCAUCUUCACUGACACGUUCGUCAAAAUGCACAGGGCCCAGAUCAGGGGCAUCUUCAGUGCCAUCACAAGGCCAACGCCUGUGGGAAACAUCAUGAACAAGUACGGGUUUGCAGAGAAACUCUUCUACACUGUGUUGGAGAAGCUAGUGUCUGAUGGUCAGCUGGCAGGCAGUAUAACCGGGGGACGGCAGGACAAGGCUCUGUAUGUUCCUGACAUCUACAACAAGACUCAGAUGAAGUGGGUCGACAACUUCUACUCACAAAACGGCUACUUGGGCUGGAGUCCGGCCUUGUUAGCUUUGGUCCGCUCCCCAAGAUCCGCUACCCAGCCAACUUGGAUAGCGGAUCUUGGGGAGCGCACUAACAAGACUGUACUCCAGGCUAAGCCAGAUGUACUGCUAGUCCCUGACAGCUUUGACAGUGACACCUUACGAAGUGAUGACUCCAAAUCGUCCACAAUGCUGAUAUUUGUAGAAGACAGCAGCAGGAAGCCCGCUGCAGCACCAGACCUGCCGACACCUGAGGACACCGCGGGAGGGAAGGGGGGCAAGAGGGACGAACGCAGGAAAAAGGCUGGAGAGGGUAAGACGAGUACGGGUGGAGGGUCUGGGUAUGGGUCCAGGGAGGUGAAGACCAAAGGGAAGAGUAAGAAGCAGAAGAGGAGAGAGGCUGAGGAGGAGGAGGCAGCAACCAAAUCAUCAUCAUCAGGGGGCCACGGCAGGAAACAGGAGCUGCCAUUCAUGACUAUAGAGGAAAUAGAAGAAGUACUCCGUAAGAAACUCCCAGACUGUGAUGAUGGGUUUGUCACAGAGCUGGCAGAAGACUUGCACAGACCGUUGACUAAAAGUUACCAGGAGGUUGCCAAGUCGGUGUUUCUGGCCUCCACCGGUGGUGGCAGUGGUACCUCCAGGAAGGAGACCCACAGAGACCUGCAGGAGAAAGUCACCGGCCUCUGGACCAACAUAAAACUGUUCGAGAAGGGCCUCAAGCUGUUCGAAGAAGAGGCCCAGAGCCAGCUGGCCAAGCAUCUCCUGAAGACUCUGUGUACAGACGUCACCAACAUGCUGGUCAACUUUGUGGCCUCCGAGCAAAUGAUGUCUGUGAACGAUCCCAAAGCUAUUACCAUAGAGAUGCGCUUUAAACUCAUCUCAAAUCUACCAGAGCACAUUAAAGAACCAAUGACCAAACUACACACGUCACUAGCAGGAAAGCAAGUAGAUGAGUUCCUCUCAGCCCUGGAGACUGUAGCAGGAGAGAUGCAGGUGAUGCUGAAGAAAGCUGACAAGAAGAAAGAAAGACAGCUGGUGUUUAACCACCGUCAGUCCCUGAGUGAGGAGCUGGGGAGGGAAGAAGAGCCUGCCACAGUGUUACAUCUGGCCGUGCUCCUCUUGUUCCAGCAGGUGUCUCAUGCCAUGGUGCACGCACCUGGCAGGUGUGUUCCGCUGGUCAUCUCCCACCUGCAGCAGCAUCUGUCUGCAGAGCAGCACGGAAAACUCACCAACUUCCAGGACCUGGUGAUCAGGUGUGUGAAGGCGAAGCAGCAGUCAGGCGAGGACGGAGACAACGAUGCCGAGAAUCUGUCCACAACGCUGCACAGACUCGUACCCGACAUCAAGGACAUGGCACUCAACCCGAGAAAGGCAUCCGGGGACCAGGAGGACUAACUAUAGAUGGAGUACAUUCGGGACACAUAAUUUUACUUUUGAUUUGGACUCCUGUCACCAAAUCAGCAGCAGAAAAUGUCUUAAAAAUAAAAAUAUGAUUUGCAUAUAUUUGUCUUUAAAAACAUGUACUGGUAGCCUCUGCCAGGCUUUAGGAAACUUUGAGAGGUGGCUAAUGUACUCCAUUAGCGAUUUGGCCAAUUUCUACUCUAACAACUUCCAAAGCCUGAUAAAGGCUAGUCCUGGAUGCAAAAGCAGGGUACAAUGUUUAAAAUACCAGACUCUAAAAAAUACUACUACAACCUGUUAAUUGACGUGACAAUGUGUAAUGCUGCACAGACUUGUACCUGACAUCAAGGACAUGGCACUCAACCCGAAAAAGCCAUCCGGGGAUCAGGAAGAUUAACUACAGUCAGAUUCAUCCUCUUCGUACCGCAUUUUGGAAUCUCCCAAAAUCUCGCUCAGCAGAAAAUGUAUUCAGAUAAAAAUCUAGGAUUUUAGGGUUUUGUUUCUACAGUACAGACUCGUACCCAAUAUCAAGGACAUGGCGAUCAACCCCAAAAAGGCAUCCGAGGAUCAGGAUUAACUAUAGAUAGAUUUACCCCCCACACACUCCAAAUACCACAUCUGGGAAAUCUAAUUUUACAAUUCUGAAUCAGCAGAAAAUGUUUUUCAAUAAAUAUCUAAUUUGUAUAUUCAUGUCCUUAAGUACCGAUAGCCACUAUCAAGCAUCAGAAGCUUCGGGAGGCGGCAAAUACUCCUUUGGCAAUCCAACUCCCCUGGCAUGUUGUCUAUUUUGCCAAUUUCUAUUCUUUCCAGCCACUUCUGAAGCCUGGUAGAGGCUAGUCCUAGAGGGCUAAAUGCAGAUUACAGUAAAAUGCAAGGACUUACAAAAUAUUACUACAACCUGUUAUUUGACAUGUCAAGAUGUAAUUACGAAAAGAAUGUACCCUUCUGAUACACACAGAUAGAUAUCUUUAACAUUAACAAGAUCUUUGAGACUUUGUCUUUUAUUUGUAUUUCUUUUAUUGUGGUUGCAAAAUCAUUGUAUGAAAUUACAAAGAACUGUCGAUGCAAAUAUUAUUCUGUAUGAGAAAGUGCCACAUACAUAAAUGUUUCUGCACUCCCAGUUACAUCUGAUGUUUAAGGCAUUUUGCUAUUGUUAGCUUGAAGACAGACGUCUGGAAAGGACAACAACAGAGAGCCAUGGUCUUUGGCAAGUGCAGAACUAUCCAUUUCUUCUAAAAAGCUACAUUCUUCCAACAUUAUGGAACAAUCAAACUGUUCAGACAUCUAACGACAGAGUGAUUUAGUCAAAAGUUCCAGUGAGUCUAACGUAUUGAAUUGACAAACAUAUACAUUGUUUCAUAAUGUAACUUCCCAACUUCCCAACAUUUCAUGGUCACUUUUCCGACAGACGUCAACAAAUCAUGUCAUUUGUCAGGUCAGAGGUUACUGAAGAAGAGGAGGAAGAAACUGAGUAAAAACAAUGUGUUUCCCUUCGGUAAACAUAAAUACAGCAGCAGCAGGAGUGUUGAUUCUAGUAAAACGUUGAUCUGUAUUCCAACACAAUUACACAGAGAUCAAAUUUUCAGCGACCACUGUCGCCUUCAUCAGGAUAAUUAAUCACUUCACAACGUGAUCUC